UCCUAUUGGACAGCUCGGUCUCUUCUUCGCGUUCCUUGUCAGCAGGCUCGGUUGCGCCGGAGCGGGCAGCUGUGUGAAAGACAGUCCGGGAUCGGAGCUGGAUAGGCCGCUGUGCGGGGGCUGUCUUGGCCGGCAUGGUGGGCUUCGGAGCUCCGCGGCGUACAGGCCGCUUGCCACCCUUCGUGUUGGUCGCCCUCCUGGCAGUGAUUGGCCUUUUGGCGUUUAACUACUGGAGUGUGUCCGCCCGGCAGGCCGCGCUGCAUGACGAGCUGAUGGCGCUGCAGGCGCAGGUGCAGCGCACGGAGGUGGCCCGGAGCAGGCUGGAGAAGCGCAACUCGGAGAUGAUGAUGCAGGCGGACAGUCACCGGCGGCAGAUGGAGCAGCGCCAGGGAGAGUUCCACAGCCUGGAGGAAAGACUGCAGGCUCGGGACCUGCAGGCUCAGCGCUGCGGACUGGACAUGGCCAAGUUGCAGACCAAUUUAUCCAGUCAGAUUGUAGACAUCAAUCACUUAAAGGAACAGCUCGCUGAGCUGCGACAGGAGUUCCUUCGUCAAGAGGAUCAGCUACAUGAAUUUAAACGUAACAACACGUUACUUCAGAAGAUGCUACAGGAACAGAGUCAGCAGUGUACACAGCAGCUUGCGGAUCAGAAACGGGAGUAUGAGAACAGCCUUAAGAAAAUCCAGGUGGAAGAGAAGACUACCUUAGAGAAGACAUCUAGCAAAGACGUGUUGGUCGACAAAGGUGCUGAGAACGAGGUACACACUGAAGCUAUAGAGAAGCAAAACAACAAAGCAGAAGACCCGUCCGCCAACCGCUUAGCCUACAGUAAAGAUGCUGUAAAAGUUGAUGGUGAUGCAGGAAUGCCAGAGAUAGAAGACAGCGACCCAGCUAAAGAAGACACUGUAGCUACUGCUGGAGUAAAGUUGGAGAAAGCUUUGCUUUCCAAUGAGGGUGGAGUGCAGGCACCAGAGAAACAUCCCUCAAUGCAACCCAACCCUUUUACCGAGUCCAAAGUAAAGUACAUUCCAACGGCUCUCAAGAAAGAGUCUGGGCUUCCCCUGGCUGUUAAUGACCUCAACAUUGAGCCACUUGUUCCCAAGCAAAGUCCAAGAGAACCAAAGGCAAUAGAGUUUCCUAACCUUAAACAAAGUCGGUUCUUUGAUGAGAAUGAGUCCCCUGUAGAUCCUCAGCAUGGUUCAAAAGUGGCAGAUUAUAACGGGGAUGAUGGGAACGUGGGAGAAUACGAGGCAGACAAACAGGCAGAGCUGGCUUACAAUGAGGAAGAUGAUGGUGAUGGGGGAGAAGAUGUGCAAGAAGAUGAUAUCCAUGAUGGGCAGGGAGAUGCUGCUGAAUAUCGAAAAGAUCGUUUUGGUGAAACCCUGUAACCAGCUGCCUGGACCAAACAAAUGACCGUUUAAAAAGUGCCACAUGUUGGGGACACUAUGGCCUAUUGUAUGUCCCAUAAGAAGCAACUCAAAGACCAAGAACAGUUAUUGAUGGGAGUGGUGCAAGAAAGGAUCUGUACUGUCUUGUCGCCUCUCUCGGUGUUGGAUGGAUAGACCCUGUGCUGGAAAAACUCUGGAUUAAUUAGUCUAACAAAUACCACCCUAGGCAGCCUGUGCUGACUGAAGUGCGUUGCUUUCCUCCAAGCUUGGAGUUGACACUCCUGCCUGUAUAGUGGGACUGUAAAUAGGAAACCCAUGUUGGGAAUUCAGGACUUAAUUUUCCCUUCUUCCUUCCUAGUUUUUAAUGAGUGAGCUGGCGAAUCAGAUAUAUAUAUUGUGAAUAAUGGAUUUAAGGAAAAUCUGCCUUGGAUCCAAUGUGAUGAGCCAUGAUUAUGACUCCAUCUUUCCAUCCAAUAUGGACACUGUAUGGUUCUUAAAUGAACUUUGCCUCAUGGCUCCAAAACGCCAUAUGUAGAACCUGAGUCAUGUAGCAGGGCUGUUUGAAUGCGGGAGGUGAAGGGCUGCCAUAAAUAUUCCCCACCCCCCCUCUUAAGCAGGGUCAGAGCUUCAGUGUGCAGAAUAGCCAAGUACUGUUUUUUUGUUUUUUUCUUGUUGCAAAUAUUUGUAUAUUAUAUGUAACGUGUGAAAGGAAUCACAAGUUGUACUGUAUAACCCAGAGAAGCCGUUCCAGAAUGGACUUCCACUGCAGAUGGGUAACAAAGAUGGGUCAUCUUCGCCUUGUCAAUAACAGUGGUAGGGGAUUGCAAUGAGAUAUUAAUGAAAAUAAUGUAAACCUUAAUUAUUUCAGAGCUUGGCAUAGCUCUCAUUUUCCCAGUGAUGUACAUUGGUUUGUUUGCCUGCCGGCAGAAUUUAAUUGUACACAGAGUUUAAAGAAUAGAGUUCUUAGAUGGUGCGCAGCCGAUGCCUUCAUCUGAGGCUUUUUAGGUUGUCAUUUUUUAGGUUAAGUACUGCGUAUGAAGGGUAUUUCAAUUUGAGUUCUGAAAUUCAGAGACCCUGUUUACCAUUUGUGUUUUUAUAAUUUAUUUGUCUGCCCAGAAUAUGAAAAACAACCUUGGUGAUCCUUUCCUACCCAAGUUGUUUUGUUCUGGCUCUGCAGCUGGCCUUCUAGGCUUAAUAAAAAAAGGUGGUUAAAAAAAA